AUGGCGCUCCUCAUUACCCCCAAUUCUGCGACGGCAACAAUCACUGUGACUAAGACCCUAUAUGACAUCGUUUCAUUAACUACGUUAAGCACCGUCAUCAGCCAAAGUCUCACUGCAAAUAUUGCUAAUGCUACACCAACCUUUCCAAUCAACGGCACAACAUCCACAUUUUCACCUUUUGUCUCUCUCACAAACAACUCAUCGAACAUAACCACAUCAACAACCAAAAAAACACACCAUGGGUCGAAUUCUUGGUGGAUGCCUUUCUUGGCUAUACCGGUAGUAUUAUUUUUGGUCAUUAUCUGCAUUACGAUUCUCCUUGUGUUGGAAAGUCCACGGGCCAAGUCCAGAAGAGCUGAGUAUGAGAAGGCAUCCAAGGAAGGGGAACUAAGAUACGCGAAGUUUAAAGAAGAAAUGAAAAAAAUAGAUGAAGAAGAAGCUGCGUCCGAGAAAAAGGCCAAAGACCGCGAUCAGAAAGGGGUCGAUUUCUCCCGUAUCAUUCGUUUUCGAAGCAGAGCUGGGAACCGUUUUUCGAAAAAAGAUGAGGUACACAUUAGCGAUGAUUAUGCUCGAUUCGAAGCUACAGAUGGACAGAAAAAACUUACGGAUUUAGAGAUACUCAAGAUAUUAAUUCUCGAAUAUGAAGAGAAGUAUGCUGAAGAAGUAGAAUGGUUGGUAAAGCAUCCACUGGAGUCUAAAAAACUUGUAAUGGAAUAUGAUGAUGUUCGUGAGUCGCAUUCUAAGGAAAAACGAAUGCGAGUGGAGAGGAAUGACCCUGUAGCGGAUGAAAGGGACAGGGUAGAGAUGUGUGAGAAGUUUGGAUGGGACCCCACCGAUCCCUACUACAAACUACCCUAG